UAAAUAUUGAACAUUUUUCAGAAUCAAUCCAUUAACGUAUUCAUAACGAAAAGUGAUGAAGAUGACGUUUUCGGUUGUAUAUUUUGGGCUACUUUUGGCACUGAUCCUAUUGAUGGUGACUAUAGCAGAAGGAACAGGACUUCGAAAAAUUAAGACUGGACGCAAUAAUAACGUCGUUAAUGAUCAAAGUGGGCAAUAUAGCGGCUCUUACACAACUGGAAGUUUUAGGCGAGUGGCUAAAAAUCUUGGCUAUGAUGUUUCAUCGAUCACUGCCGGUCUCGGAAAUGUUAACCUUGGAAUUUCAUCGGGAUCAUAUAGUGGAUAUGGAUAUGGUUAUGAUGUUCCUUAUACAGGUGGACAAGUAUAUAGUCAUGAAGCUCCUCCUUCAGAUGCAUAUGCAUAUAGUCAACAUGCAUCUUAUACAGAUGACGCUCAAAAUGAUGCCAGAUUGGCUGCCAGGAAAAGUAAAACGGCAGUUAUAAUGGAUGAAAUAAAAACUCCAUGGACCGUAUUAAGUGACGAUGUCAUUCACCGAUUUAUUAAGUUUGCCAACGUAGCACAGCGGCAAAUGCCACAAAAUAUGAAAAGAUAUAAAUUAUUGGAUGUUUCAAUAACAAUGAUACCAGAAGAAUGUCAGAAUCAUACAAAAACAGAUAAAGAUGAUGUUCAGAUAAUGUAUGGUGGAGCCGGUGGAGAUGUCGGAUGUGAGGAUGUCGUCGGUCAUUACAUUUGCGUUCAUUACGUACAUCAACACCAAGCAGUAUACGUUUACGAUAGUUUAGGAAUGAAAUUGAAUAGUAAUCAAAAAAAGGUUCUAAAAGUCUUAUAUCCAAAUUCAAAAUUAAAAUAUGGAACACCGAAGACAAUGCAAAAUGAUUUUACUUCUUGUGGAUUGUUUGCCAUCGCCUAUGCAACAACAGUCAUAUUUGGAGGGGAUCCGGAAACUUACGAACUUCAAUUAAGCACAAAAGAAGGUGUUGAUCCUUCUAUGCCCCUCAGGCGACAUCUUUUCAAUAUGUUUAAAAAUAAGUCAUUUUCAAUAUUUCCUUGAGGCAAUCUGACUGCAAAAAUUCAACUGUUUUCAUUUAACUGAUAUUUGCUAGAAAAAUUUCCAAAAUAGAUUCAGCAAGAUGUAUUUCUUUCAUUAAGAAGUUUGUAAUAAAAUGAAAAUUGCACAUUUUGUGUGUGAAAAGCAAAUGAAA